UUCCAUGAGACUGCACCUUGUCAUUAUCAAAUAUCAAAUACCAUGAAGGGUAUUUUGGAAAUCUGCUUACACAUCUUCCUGAAAGUUAUAUUCCUCUCUGCUGUUAUUCAAUCACAAUGCUAAAAGGAAAACCAGGCAGAGAUUCUGAAAUUCCAACUUGCAGAAAAAUGAACAGAUAACCCCAUGACAUAAAAUCCCACCUCAGUAUAAAUAGACAACAAUGGGAGCUUUAAACUCAUUAACAGAACAAAGAAAAAACCAAGAUUUUCUUCUAAACAAAAAGACCACAUUCCCAAAAGCCAUGGAUAUGAAUGCAGUGAAAGGGUUGGUAGCUGAGAAGCCAGUAGUGAUCUUCAGCAGGAGCCAAUGCUCAAUGAGCUAUACAGUAAAGACACUUAUAUCAAGCUUCGGGGCCAAUCCUACUGUGUAUGAGCUUGAUGAGAUACCCAAUGGGCGUCAUAUUGAGACACUCCUGAUUCAACUCGGAUGCCAGCCAUGUGUGCCUGCUAUUUUCAUUGGGCAGAAGUUAAUUGGUGGUGCCAGAGAGCUCAUGAGCCUGCAGGUCAGGAAUGAGCUUAUGCCAUUGCUCAUGAGUGCCAGAGCUAUAUGGGUUUGAAACAAAAGCUGCAAUCUCAGCACAAAACUCUUGAGAAAUUUGCUGAUAAUACAUGUCUUAUCUUUUCUACUUUCUUUCUUCUUUUUUGUUGGUCCGUUUGGGGGACUCUUGACUCUAUUUUGACUUCCAAAGUUAAGAAUUGAGAGCACUUUUUACCCUCUUUUGUUCUUCAUGUCACACAUGCUGAUCAUGUUGAAUAAAGAGGGGUUUCCUUAUGGCAUUUACAAGACACAUAAUGAAUCAAAACGGCUCAUGUUUUCUUUCUCCAAAUAUGUGAUCUUCUGCACCUUUAGAGACCUAACAUGUAAUAAAGCAUAUGAUAUGAUGAAAGUGAAUAGAAAAUGAUCGUGAAAAUAAGGUUAGUUUCU